CGGAGAGGGAAUUGGCUAAAAGUCAAGCUAACUAAAGCAGGUAUUUAAUAGUGUUACUACAAAUACAGAAAACAAAGUUUUAACCAGUGGGAACAUAAUAGUGUUAAAUAAAUGAUGCCGGUGGCUUAAUGGAACCUUUCCAGCGGCAGCAGAGUGUAUGGAGCCUGAUAAAGGAGUUUGUGCCAGAGUCCGAGCUUCCUGAGAUAAGGGCUAUAAUCGGGGAUGCACUCAUAGACAUGUACAAAGAAACCUACUGUGAGGUUCAGAUGUGGGAGCAGAUGUGGCAUGAGGUGCAUGAUGGGAAAUCCCAGAUGCCCCAUUUCUCUCUUGCUGACCCUCCAGCUAUUAAAGAGCUGCUGCGAUCAGAGCUCCAGCUGCUGCUGCUUACUUUGAGACAGGGAGCCACAACACUGGGCAGAGAUGGAGCUGAAGUCAUGUCCCGGUACAGUCCCCGAGUGGUGAACUAUGCCCUCAGUACAGACAGACAGCAAAGUCCAGACAGCAUUGGAUGUACAACACCAACAAGUAGACCUGAGUCCAGCAGGUCAAGCUCAAGGCUUUCGUCUCACUCCAGCAUUGAAGAAGAAAUACAAGCUCUGUGGCACAAACUGAACAUCACCCAUAUAAACGAAGUUGUGUCCCAUCUACGGUCAGUUCUUACGGCAGAGUGUGAAGUGCUGAAAAAUGAUGUUCUGUUGCUGCAGGAGAGCGUGGAGCUGGAAUAUCUGAAGCAAAGUGGCUUCAUGGAGCCCAGUCUUACAGGUCAGUAG